CGUAUCACGUAUGUGCGAGUCUCCUCUCAGUCGGUCCCACAGCUCACAACGGGGGGAAAGGGGUGGCAUGAGCGCGUGAGCGCGUGAGUGCUGCAUGGUGUGGUUGCAUGCUACAUCCGCUUGCAGCCCAAGGCCUACGUGUCGGGCACCCCUCGAGUCACUCUGGCAGCAGACGUGUUGCGUGACAAGUGUUGGGUGCUGUAUGCCAUCAGCACCUCUUGCCUGUCCACCCCCAUCCAUAACCUCCUCUCUCUCUCUCUCUCUCUCUCUCUCUCUCUCUCUCUGUCCAGCAAUCGCCUCGGUCUCCUUCAAAAGCUCGAAGCUUCAAGAGCGCGUAUAGAGCGCAUACACCCUCCAUUUAUCCACAGACGUACAUCACUCUCGGGUCCCCUCCUUCAAGCUCGCACAGCAUGGGUUCCUCCGCCUCCAAGCCUCUGCCCGCUUCGGGUGAGAUGAGCGAGAAGAGCGCAGCAACGCAAUCCUUGGAGCGUCAAUUGGGUCGAAGUGGUCGCGCAAGUGCUCGUCCAGACGCUUCGUUGAACUUGCAUCACUCGACGGACAGAUCCUACAAGAUCCAAGCUUCUCGUCUUGUUGCGCACACGGCAGCGGCGCCGCAGCAAGAAAGCGCUCGGGAUGCAGGCAAGGCCAGCAGCAACAUCACCCCUACACUGCUGCAGUAUUGGUCCGACACGGCGCUCAAGACCACAUCGGCCAAGUUGGCUGCAAGGACGCUGCACAAUGAACAGCUAGCGCUGGCUCUUAGAGACAGAAGGACGGAAAUCGAGAUGGGCAACCACGUAUUCAACGUCAAAGUGGAUCUGGAGGGCACGCCCGUGUGCAACCAAAAAUCGUCUGGACGCUGCUGGCUGUUUGCUACGCUCAACCUGCUCCGCGUGCACGCCAUGAAAGAGUACGAUGUGCCCGCUUUGGAGCUUUCGCAGAGUUACCUGCACUUUUACGACAAGUUGGAAAAGGCCAACACGUUUUUGGAGAACACGAUUGACCUCGCAUCCGAAGCGCUGGACAGUCGUCUGUACGGAUACCUCAAGGGCGACCCGGUCAACGAUGGAGGCCAAUGGGACAUGGUGGUGAAUCUUUUGCGCGUAUACGGUAUUGUGCCUCAGGUCAUCUUUCCAGAGUCCUUCAACAGCAGCAACAGCGACAAGAUCAAUUGGUUGGUCACUUUUCAGCUGCGGCAAUUCGCUCUCGAGCUGCGCAGUCUCAUCUCUCAGCUGCGAUCCCAAGAAGGUGGAGCGCGCAGCCUGUCACCUGCGUCGGAACACAGCAUCGUCCAGCAAGUCAGGCUCACAAAGGAGAGGCAGAUGAAGAAGAUUUUCGAGAUACUGACGAUUGCGAAUGGAGCUGCACCUCCUAGUCCGGAGCAAGAGUUUACAUGGCAAUAUUAUGAUUCCAAGGGCAAGUAUCAGGAGAGACGUUUCACGCCCAAGAGCUUUCUGCAGAGCUUGAAGAAGAGAUUCGAUCUGGACAAUGCUUGCAGCUUGGUCAAUGAUCCGAGAGCAGAGGAGCAGAAGCUCAUCACCAUCGAUAGACUGCAGAAUGUGUGGGGCGCGCGUCCCGUUAGCUACGUCAACACGAGCAGCCAAGUCAUGAAAGAGAGCGUGAUCAAGUCCCUUCGCUCCAACCAAGCCGUCUUCUUUGGCUGCGAUGUCGGCCAAUUCUCGCACACGGCGAGCGGUGUCAUGUGCCCCUCGUUGUACCAAACUGGAGUGGAAGAGGCAUUCGAUAUUUCCCUCAACUUGAGCAAGGCGGAGAGGCUGCAAAUGGGAGAGAGCCUCAUGACGCACGCGAUGGUCAUCACUGGCGUCCAGGUCGACGCAGAUGGCAAGCCGACGCGGUACAGAGUGGAGAACAGCUGGAGCGAGACGGCUGGUCAAAAAGGAUACAUGAUCAUGUCUGAUGCGUGGUUCGACCAGUACGUCUUCCAAGUCGUCGUCCGCAAGCAGGAUAUGCCCGCCGCCUUGUGGCAGCUCUUCGACGCGGGCGUCAAUGAGGAGACCAUCGUGUACCCGCCUUAUGAUCCUUUUGGAAGUCUCGCUUGAAGAAGGAUAUGGUCGUGUGCGAAAGAAACGGAGAAAGGAGGGGAGGAGCUGGGGAUCAUGCGCUCGUACACGUCACGUAUACACUGAUAAUGCAAUACAGUAGACACACUCUUUCC